AUGGCUCAGCCCUCUGCAGAUUUCAAGCCUCAGUUGGAGUCAGGCAUCAUUGAGGAGACAGAUUCUAGUCAGCAGCACAUGCGCAAUGGGGUUUUAUUAAUUCCCCAACCAUCUCAGGACCCUGAAGAUCCACUUCUAAGGAAUUUGGUCAUCCUCUGCUUGGCUGGCUUUGCUGGUACGGCGCUCGAUCUGGCAAAUCAGUUAGCUCAGAAAGAGGAAGCAAAGACCUGGGAUAAGGCAGUGAUACAGGUUACAUAUACCUUGUCGGCCUCAAUUGCCGGCAUCGCUUAUGGACCCCUUCUAAUCAACCCCCUUGCACAUGCGUUCGGUCGCAGCGCUAUUAUAUUCUGGUGCCUUCUCUUUGCCAUGGCAUGCGCUAUAUGGUCGGCCAGUAUGACCGGUCGAGGUGAUUAUGAACGCUUUGUUGCUUCUCGUUUGUUCGAUGGCAUUUUCGGUUCCAUCCCAUCCAUCCUGGGAGUUGGUUCCAUUUACGAGAUGUUCUUUUUACACGAGCGAGGCAAAGCCUACGCAGCAUUUCAUAUCUCCUUUCUCUUUGGAACCGUAGCUGGUCCCACAUUUGGUGGUUUCAUUGUGCAGCAUACGAACUGGCCGUGGGUCUUCUGGUGGGUGGUGAUAGCACAAGGUCUUGUCCUUAUUCUAGCCUUCCUCUUUCUCGAAGACACCAGCUACCCUCGGGACGGAAAGACAAUGCCGACCACAAGACCCCAGGAAUUCUGGAGACGUCGCAUGGCCACUUUGCUGCCGCACAGAACUGGUAUCAGUUGGUUAGAACUGAGACGUGUGUCAUGCCUACCCUUUCGCAUUGGUUUAUCUCCUGUCGGCAUGAUGAUCGGCCUUUUUCAGUUCGCCUCAUUCGGUUGGUUUGUAGCCACCCACAGUCUUAUCACAGUCUGGCUGGAGAAGCCUGUGGCAGUGGGUGGCAGGGGGUUUACUCCCCAGCGCAAUGCCUUGUUUAUUUUCUCACUUUGGGCCGGUCUGCUUACCGCAGAAAUGUGGGGUUACCUCUUUAACGACCGGAUCGCGCUCUGGGUCUGCCGCACGCGCGCAAAUGGGGUGUGGACGCCCGAAUGCCGGUUGCACACUCUCUGGAUACCCUCUCUCUUCAUCCUCCCCAUUGGACUGGGAAUCGUUGGAUCUUCCCUGCAGUAUCACUUACAUUAUAUGGUCCUGGCUCUCGGUGCCUACCUCAUCACCUUUGCAUCAAUGAGCUCCGUCCCCGCGGCAGUAACAUAUGCGAUAGAGUGUGUCGCCGCACAGCCCACCGAGGUGGCUGCGUUCAUGGGCGCCUAUCGCCUUUCUUUGGGUCUGGUCAUUCCCUUCUUCAUCAAUGAAUGGGUAGCUCGCGUUGGAUUCGGCUGGGUAUAUGGCAUGAUGGCGUUCUUUUCCAUCUUUGCCUUUGCUUUUGUGGUCAGUCUGAUGAUCUUUGGGGACCGACUGCGGAAGCGCACGCUCGCGAACCUGGCUUCGCGGGAGAUUGGAACCAAGAUCAUGGGUGAUUGA